CAGAAAUUUCCCUGGAAGAAAUCCCCACUCUCUUGCUUUUCCCAGGAGAAUCUGUGGAAAUAACUCCGUUGACUUUUCGGGAACAUCGUGAAAUCGAUAAGAGGGAUUUUCUGUGGCGUAUUCAUUUGCAGUUUGAUCGUGAAACAAACAGAGUUACUAAAACUUUCAAUCACUCCAAGGAUUAUUAAAGGAACAAAGCAGAAUGUGGCGUUUGAUGGUGUUUUGCCUGCUGGCCACAGCAUGGGCAGAUGAUCCAGAACAUCCCCUGAGUCAGUCAUUUAUUGAUAUUGUCAAUGAGAAAGCCACAACUUGGCGAGCUGGUUCCAAUUUUCCCGAACACACUUCCCUAGCGUACAUUCGGGGAUUGAUGGGAGUUCAUCCGGAUGCUGAAAACUUCCGGCUCCCUCCGAAACUCCUCCAUGAGGAAUAUGAUGAUGAUUUGCCGGAGAAUUUUGAUUCUCGUGAGCAAUGGCCAAAUUGUCCGACAAUCAAUGAGAUCCGUGAUCAGGGUUCCUGCGGAUCAUGUUGGGCUUUUGGGGCUGUUGAAGCCAUGUCUGACAGAUACUGUAUCCAUUCCGAUGGCAAAAAGCACUUUAGGUUUUCGGCUGAGGAUCUGGUUUCGUGCUGUCAUACUUGUGGAUUUGGAUGCAAUGGUGGAUUCCCGGGAGCCGCUUGGAGUUAUUGGGUUCACAAGGGAUUGGUGAGUGGAGGACCUUUUGGGUCCAAUCAGGGUUGUCAGCCUUACGUUAUUGCUCCCUGUGAGCAUCAUGUCAAUGGAACCCGACCAUCCUGCGAGGGAGAAGGGGGAAAGACGCCGAAGUGUGUAAAGAAGUGUCAGGAGAGCUACAAUGGCAGCUACAACGAUGACAAACGCUAUGGGAAAUCCUCGUAUUCGGUGUCGCGUCAAGAGAAGCAGAUUCGGCUGGAGAUCUUCAAGAAUGGCCCAGUAGAGGGAGCAUUUACCGUAUAUGAGGAUCUGCUGAACUACAAGGAGGGCGUCUAUCAGCAUGUUCAUGGAAAACAACUAGGAGGACAUGCCAUUCGUAUUUUGGGAUGGGGAACAGAAAAUGGAACACCAUACUGGCUCAUUGCCAAUUCCUGGAACACCGAUUGGGGAGACAAUGGCUUCUUCAAGAUCCUCCGUGGGCAUGAUCACUGCGGAAUCGAGGGCUCCAUUUCAGCAGGACUUCCAAAAUAUUCUUAAAUUCUACAAAAAAAUUAUCAAAAAUAGACUUUUUUUCUGCGCAAAAAUAAAAAUGAGCAGGUUUUGAUGAAUUUGUGAGCCCCAUAAACAAAUUCGGCAAUAAACAUUUUUUACAGAUUCUGGUUUCUGAAA